GUUUGGCAUCGCUAGUUUUACUUCACGAAUUAUCUCCCUUUUUAUAAUAAAAAACCAAACCAGUGAGCGAUGGCAAUGGAAAUGGAAAUGGUGAAGCAAUCUCAGAAAGAUGACAUCUUGCAUCAUGAAAUUGAUGGGUUUUUCUGUUUGUCAUCUGAAGAUUCCUUGGAAGAGAAUAAUGAUCUCUCUUACUGGGAAUUUGUUAACCCUUCUGAUGCUGAUUCAGAUGAUUUUGAUAAUCUUUCUUUAGAUAGUUUUCGAAAUGGGUUGUUUGUUUCUUGGCAUUCUUCGCUGUCUUCAUCAAGAUCAACCCCAGGAGAGAAUCAAACGGAAAAAUCCGAUCUUGAUGUGAUUGUUGGAGAUCAGCUUGUUGGGUAUCUCGAAAAGCAAGUCUCAUAUCAUGAGUAUGAAGAAGAAGUAGAAGAAGAAGAAGAAGAAAAAGAGUGUAAGUAUGCUGAUGAUAAGUAUGGUGAUGAAUCUGAUUAUGAUGGUGGCGAUGACGUGGACGAUGAGCUUGUACCGUGGUCUGUGAGUGCGAAGCUUGGAAGGCAGAGGAUGAGGAAAUUGGGGAAGAGGGCUUUUGCAAAGAUGCACUAUUCAAAGAAGUCACCUUUCUUGUACAUGAAGCCUGGUUGUGUUCAUGGCAAGCAUGGACUGGGAAUGAAGCACAAUGUUUAAGGUAAUGUUAGGGAAUUUGUGGAGAAAUUUAUCAUAAAGGUGUCAACUUUGAUGUGGGCAUUUUAUUUCUUAGGAAUUCCAUAUGGGCACUUUGUAAAUAAUUGCUGUAGUUUGUUUAGAAUUGCUUAGAUGAUGUAUUAGGUUAUGCUAAUUGAACUUAUUAUGUGGAUGUCUUCGACUUGUUCUCUCAAAUCUUGAAGUUUAUAAAUGUUUAGUUAUGUAA